AUGGGCUUCUUCGCUGGGUUUUUCAGCGGAUUUGCCUUAACUACAACCGCCUUAUAUCUAACGGUUCAAGUACAUCGGUCUAUUCGCCUGGAACAACGUGAUGCUAUACGUCAACAGACUCAAGCUCUAAAUUGGUUAUCGUCGCCUAUAGGCGCCUACGAUCGCCGACUAGCCCCGAGAGAUAGCGCUCGACAAGAUAAGAAAACAGCGGAGCCAGAACGGCCUACUAUGGAGGACUUGCUGAAGCAUCACUGGAACCAGGAAGUGGAGAAGUUGGCAAAAAAGGCAAACGAAAGUCGGUGGGAAGACAUGCGAGAAACGGCGCUGGAAGGGUGGAAGACUGUGGUGAGGCUUGUAAAGAGGGAGUAG